AACAAAGAAACAAAUAACCAAUCAAAACACACCGGCAGUUUUAUAGCAUAUCCGACGACUCUGCUCAUCAGCGAUCGAAUUUCGUUGAGACUCUGCUGGGAAAGGAGUUUCCGGGUCAUCUCCGACUGCCGUUUCUUGAAAUGGGUCGGGUUUAAUGUUUCUCGGGUCAAUCUCAAUCCGUCUUAUAAGUGUCACUUUUGUUUCUCACUUCCAGUUUCUUGAAUUCUCUAUACUCUCUAUAUUCAUUUAGGAUUCGCUGUAAUUUUGCAGAAUAUCACUAUAUAUACAUACAUAUAUUUAUCGAAUCUAUCUCAGUCUGUACUUGUAUACCAAACCAAGUCCCAAUUUAUGAUUAAAUUGCGUGCCAGUGAAGAUAUAUCAUUGGCCCUAAUUGUGAAUAAUUUGGGGGAUUUUGGAAUUCUUUGGUUUGCGAGAAAUUCGGAUUGAUUUAGGAGAAGUGAGUCAUGUUCUAUGGGACAGUGGUGUGGGAUCCAUGGCUCAUUGUUGCCCAGAUUGUUGGUAUACAAUGUCUAUACUAUCUUACUCUAGGAGCUUUCUUGACUAUAUUUGUUGGGACUCGGGUUUCUCGAAUGACUCUAGUUUACUUCUUUGAUUAUGCAACGGUCACUGCUUCCACUGCUACCGGUUGGUGUGUUAUUGUCUCAAUUUUGCUCUCUGCUGUAGCAGGUGCUGUUUAUUUGGUGUACUCAAUUGAGAGGGCAAAGAAGUGCUUAGAUUUUUCAGCCACUCUGUAUAUUAUUCAUCUUUUUAUAUGCAUUGCAUAUGGCGGCUGGCCUUCAUCUAUUACGUGGUGGGCUGUAAAUGGUACUGGACUUGCAGUCAUGGCGCUGCUAGGCGAGUAUUUAUGUAUAACACGUGAACGCCGAGAAAUUCCCAUCACCAGAUUUCGAUCAAAUGUUUGACUGACCAGAGACCUGAACAGGCAAGAAAAGAUUAUCUCGGGCCGCUGUCUUCACGAUGAAAACGUCAUAAGAUACCGACGUUACUUGCUUUUCUCGGAGAAAUUCAAUCAUAGAAGCUGUCUGUUAUUGUGGGUCCUGAUCUGCAGGAAAGCGAUGACACUUGAACAAGAUGCUUAGAGAUGGUAUAUAAUUUUUGAAACAACGAACAUAGUUGCAUCACUCUGUAAUUUUCUGAAAGUUUUAUUCUAUUUCUCAGCUAUGUGAAUGCUUUGGAAACCCUUGUCAGGCAAUUAUGUUUCUAGUUCUUCUAAUGGCAAUUCAACAUGCAUAAGAAUCUGUCUUUGUAAUAUUUUAGGGUUCUCGAUGAUCAGAUAUAUCAUGAAACCCUAUAACUUAUCGAUGUUCCAAUUUUUGAUUA